AUGGCUACUUUAUUACAUACUUUAGCUCAAGCUAUCAAACCAGAAACUAAACAAAAAAAAGAAAAAGCUCAACAAAAAACUUCUGAAGAAAGAGCUGCUGCUAAAAAAGUUAGAAGAACCUCAAACAAAGAUAAAAGACAAGUUAUCUAUGAUAGAGCUGCUAAAUAUCACAAAGAAUACGUUGACGCUGAAAAAUCAGUCGUUAAAGCUAAAAGAGAUGCUAAAGCUUCAGGUUCAUACUAUGUUGAUGCUCAACCAAAAUUAGUAUUUGUUGUUAGAAUUAAAGGUAUUAUGAAAAUUCCACCAAAACCAAGAAAAGUUAUGCAAUUAUUAAGAUUAACUCAAAUCAAUUCAGGUGUUUUUGUUAGAUUAACUAAAGCUACUUCAGAAUUAAUUAAAUUAGCUGAACCUUAUAUUGCUUAUGGUUAUCCAUCAUUAGCUACUAUUAGACAAUUAGUUUACAAAAGAGGUUACGGUAAAGUUAACAAACAAAGAAUUGCUUUAUCUGAUAAUGCUAUUAUUGAAGCUAACUUAGGUAAAUACGAUAUCUUAUCAGUUGAAGAUUUAAUUCAUGAAAUUUAUACCGUUGGUCCAAACUUUAAACAAGUCAACAACUUUUUAUGGCCAUUCAAAUUAUCUAAUCCAACUGGUGGUUUUAGAUCCAGAAAAUUCCAACAUUUUAUUCAAGGUGGUGACACUGGUAAUAGAGAAGAAUUUAUUAAUGCUUUAGUUAAACAAAUGAACUAA